AAUACGAGAUAAUCUUCAUUAGUAAGCAGUACCCGUUCGAUCAGUACCGCGCUCAUUGAUCCAGUAUCAGCGAUAUCUUAAAUGAACCUUCCGCUCGUUUGCAUCGUACCGAUUCUAUAGUCAAAGCGGGUACUGCUUCAAGAGAUUGCGAUUUUAAAGAUUGUACCUUUCGAGUUGGUACUGAAAAAGUAAUGGAAACGGUACUGAUGGAAGCCUCUGCGGACCAUCAGCAGAAAAAUGGACAUCUGCAGGUGAAUGGCGCGAGUGAUAAAAACAGUGAUUUAGUGAAGACUUACCAGAAAGAGCCGCAAGAAACCAAAGUACUGCUGGAAGACGAUGGAUCUGGAAAAAACGAAAUUGUGUUUAAUAUGGCACCAUCCACUUCACCCAUCGAUAUCAAGUUCGAGAAGAUUACCUUCACAGCUACAGAAGGCAGCAUUCUAAAAGGCAAAAAUAAAAAGCAAAUACUUCAUGAAGUAUAUGGAAGGUUUCCUUCUGGUCAGUUGAUAGCUAUUAUGGGGCCUUCUGGAGCGGGAAAAAGUACGUUGUUGAAUGUUUUGAGUGGAUACAGCAUUCAAGGGGUAGGAGGCAAAGUACUAAUCAAUGGCAAUCCGCGAAAACUGAAAGCAUUCCGACGCUUAUCUUGCUACAUCACUCAGGACGACAGGCUGCAGAACCUGUUAACAGUUAGCGAAAACAUGCACACUUCAGCUGAUCUAAAGCUGCCAUCCAGCACCAGUAAGGCAGAAAAACAGGCAAUUAUAGACGAAAUCCUUUCCACUUUGGGCUUGGGCAAUACAAAGGAGACACUCGUAGAACGAUUAUCUGGUGGUCAGAAAAAACGACUUUCCAUCGCGCUAGAACUAGUCAGCAACCCUCUGGUUUUAUUUCUGGACGAGCCUACGACGGGUUUGGACAGCUCAUCGUGCAGGCAGUGCUUGGAACUAUUGAAAGUGCUGGCAAGUCAAGGAAGAACAAUAGUAUGCACAAUUCAUCAGCCAUCGGCCUCACUCUUUCAAAUGUUCGAUCAAGUGUACGUUUUAGCAGGAGGCCGAUGCCUCUAUCAGGGUGGCACGGAUAACAUGAUACCCUUUUUCGAAGACGUUCAAAGUCCUUGUCCUAAAUUCCACAAUCCGGCUGAUUAUGUUAUCGAGUUAGCAUGCGAGGAAUACGGCAAAGAUAAGGUGGAGAAAAUGGUGCAGGUAUCGAACAAUGGGCAAAACUUGAAGUACUUCAAAGAACCCGAAAAAAUUCUUAAAACAGGUUUUACAGAAAGUACAAUUUUUGAGGAUGACAAUGGUAACUUACAAGCUACCUCCAAACUCAACCAACUCAAAGUUCUUCUAAAAAGAGGCUACAUAAAAGCGAAACGAGAUAAGACUAUGACAUAUCUGAGGAUAGCAGUAAACGCACUGACAGCCUUGAUGUUGGGUACUUUGUAUUUUAAUGCUGGAACUGAUGGCACAAAAGUUAUCGACAAUUAUAACUUGCUGUUUUCCAUUCUUAUGCACCACACGUUUUCUACAAUGAUGUUGACCAUUUUGACGUUUCCCACUGAAAUGAGUAUAUUGAUCAAGGAGCAUUUUAAUCGAUGGUACUCUUUGAAGAUGUAUUACACGUCGGUCACCCUUAUCGACAUUCCACUAUCGGUAUUUUGCUGCUUUAUCUUCACGAGCAUCAUCUACUACAUGACAGCACAACCAUUCGACAACAUCCGAUUCAACAUGUUCUUCAUCACGAGUUUACUGGUGGUAUUCGUAGCACAGAGCUUUGGACUGAUGAUUGGAGCCUACUUUAACGUUGUGGAUGGCACAUUUUUGGGUCCAACCUUAACGGUUCCUAUGAUGAUGUUUGCCGGAUUCGGUGUUUCUUUGAGGGAUCUGCCCUCGUACCUCUACUGGGGAAGUUACAUAUCGUAUCUGAGAUAUGGUCUGGAAGGAGUGGUGGGCGCAAUCUAUGGGCUGAACCGGCCCACGAUUGAUUGUCCUGAAGAUCAGUACUGCCACUACAGGUACCCAAAGAAGUUUUUGGAAGAUAUUGCAGUUAAGUCUGACCAGUUCAGCAACGACGUGAUCGCGCUGGUUCUAUUCUGGUUCAUCCUCAGGACUUUGUCAUUUGUAGUGCUUAAGUACAAGCUACAUGCUGUCAGAUAAUUGUUCUAUAGAUACCCCAAAGUCUCUCAUGUAAAAGUUUCGCAAUUUUUGCCUGAUUUUCUCUGAUAUUACUUGACUAACCUCUAAGUGGAGAGCAAUAACAAUAAAGUACACAUACAGGGUGAAAGCGAUAAAACUGCAGAAAAUAUUGUGUCUGUUAGUUACGUAUCGGCUGCAACCCAUGCGGCUAAUCAAACGCACCAAAACUCCUGCACUUUUGAACUCAGGCAUUGAGGGCCUUUAACCGGUUCCGUUUGCCAGAAAUUAUCAUCGGAAAACUAAUGCAAUCUCUUUGUGUAAAAUGAAGAAUUUGGGAGAAAUUAAUUAAAACUGAAUCUGUCGAUUUCUAAGAUUCUAAAAAACUGCCGCAUGAAUUGCCGUUAUUUUUUGCAUAUUAAUAUUUGAUCAUGAAAAUCACAAACUUGUUAAAAGCAUGUGCUAUUUUUGCAAAUUGUAUAUAAACGCACUAAUUUGGAAACGAUUCGAAUAGUCAAAACACUAUUUUCCAGUUAAUUUCAAGCACUUCAAAUGAUAUUUGAAGCGCAUAAAUAACUUUUUCUCCAUAAAAUUUUAAGCGGGUGUUAAGCAGUUUUUACACACCCUGCAUAAACAUUCCACUUUUUCUCUAAAUAUUACCCGCAGUAGUUUUAGGUGUUAAGCAAGUGCGAAAUUGUUCCUGUACAUUUAAGAGAAAAUUGUCACUUAGGCUGUGUUUAUAUUAUGACGUUGCCAAUAUAUUUAUUAUUAGGUUUUAUUUAUUUUUAUACAUUAGUGUUAAUAAAUCGAGCAAUUUUUGUUACGUAAACUCGUUGUUAUGUUAUGCAUUAAGCUAGUAAAAUAUAAAAUGUUUUUAUAUAAAGGAAGCAAUAAAUUUUUGGUAAUAGAA